UGGCUAAUCAACUGCGUAGUCAGUCAGAGGAGCAGGCAAUACGCAGUACGCCGCACUUUUAAAACAGAGAGACUGGAAACUUCCAUGCAAACAGACGAAUAACUAUCAGCGAGACACACACACCGGGGACCGACUUCAUUUGAGCGAAGGAAACUCACAGACACCUUGAAGUAAAGAAAAUAAAAAGAGACUCUGCAACCAUGUCUAUGAACAUUCAAAUCAACAGCCCUAAUGUGAAGUACACAGAUACACACAUUAUGGCUCAGUACUCCUACCAGACCGCAUCAGUGCAAACAGAGGGUGACAGAGUCACAGUGACCCCGCGUACCACCGAGAUGACAUUCCGCACUGAGAGGCGUGUGCCGCGGCUUGGUGUGAUGCUGGUGGGCUGGGGAGGCAACAAUGGGACCACAGUCACAGCAGCUGUAUUGGCCAAUAAGCUGGGUCUCACCUGGAGAACCAAGACUGGAGUGAAGAAAGCGAACUACUUCGGCUCCCUCUUUCAGGCGGCUACUGUUUGCCUGGGAACAGGGCCCGAGGGCGAGUUCAACGUGCCCUUUGGUAACCUCCUACCCAUGGUGCACCCUAAUGAUAUCGUCUUUGAUGGCUGGGACAUCUCCUCAUUGGCUCUUGGCAGUGCAAUGGAGAGAGCCCAGGUUUUUGACUGGUCAUUACAAGAGCAACUGCGACCAUACAUGAGCAGCAUGAAACCCAGACCAUCCAUCUAUAACCCAGAAUUCAUCGCUGCAAACCAAGAGAGUCGUGCGGACAAUGUCCUCACUGGGACCAUGGCGGAGCAGGUGGAGCAGAUCAGAGCUGACAUAAGGGACUUCCAUCAGUCGAGCGGUGUGGACAAAGUCAUCGUUCUGUGGACCGCCAAUACUGAGCGCUUCUGUGACAUCGUACCGGGGGUCCAUGACACUGCAAAGAACCUGCUGGCUGCAAUCCAGGCUGGAGAAGAGGUUUCUCCCUCCACUCUGUUUGCAGUGGCCAGUAUACUUGAGGGUUGCGCCUACAUCAACGGCUCCCCUCAGAACACCUUUGUACCAGGAGCCAUAGAGCUGGCCGUGCAGAAAGGGGUGUUCAUUGGAGGAGAUGACUUCAAAUCCGGUCAGACCAAGAUCAAGUCAGUGCUGGUGGACUUUCUUGUCAGCGCAGGUAUCAAGCCGACCUCCAUUGUCAGCUACAAUCACCUCGGCAACAACGAUGGGAAGAACCUGUCGGCUCCAGAGCAGUUCCGCUCCAAAGAGAUCUCCAAGAGCAACGUGGUGGAUGACAUGGUCCAGUCAAACCCCAUAUUGUACCAGCCUGGGGAAAAACCUGACCACUGUGUGGUGAUUAAGUAUGUCCCCUAUGUGGGAGACAGCAAGCGUGCCAUGGAUGAAUACACUUCUGAAAUAAUGAUGGGAGGGACCAAUACUAUCGCAAUGCACAACACCUGUGAGGACUCUCUUUUAGCCAGUCCAAUCAUCCUGGACCUGGUGAUCCUGACGGAGCUUUGCCAGCGUGUGACCGUCCGGCCCCAGGGGGAGAGGGACUUCCAGUCUUUCCACAGUGUUUUGGCACUGCUCUCCUUCCUCUGCAAGGCCCCUCUAGUCCCAUCAGGCACCCCGGUCAUUAACGCCUUCUUCCGCCAGAGGGCCUGCAUUGAAAACAUCAUGAGAGCGUGCCUCAGUCUUCCUCCUCAGAACCACAUGCUGCUGGAGUACAAGCUGGAGAGAGAUUUUCUGCGUCCACAUAUGACCUACACCAGUGGCAAUGCAGCUUCUUUGAAAAAAGUUGCCCUUACCAACGGGAACCAUAAAGCUCUAACAAAUGGCUUCUGUGCACAUGUUGAUGACGCAGCGCAUGCAUUAUGAUUGCAAGUACAACACCAUGGCCCAGGAUAGAUCUGAAACGUUAAUAUAAGUGUAAAUUUACCUUGUAUAAACAGACCAAAGGCCAUCAUUGAUCAAACUUUCAUUGUGAAAUAAAAACUUAAGUAACACUGGUUUGCAGAGUCAACAAGAUACAUUUAAAAAAAAAAAAUAGGUAUUCUUCUAGUGUUUGCAUAUUAAAGAACAGCAAUAUUUGACUUACAUACAUGCAGCUUUGUCUGCCCCUAGACUACAAUCAUUUGAGUCUCCACACUUAAUAACAUUGUAAAGGCAGGCUAUUUUGUUAAAAGAUAUUUUACAGGUUGUUUUUAUUUAUUUAGAAUGAACCAUGUAUUGAAUAUCUUAUCGUCAACACAGUCAUUUAUUUUAAUUCAGGGUGCUUAUAUCUUUAUUUAAGUAGCUUUCCAUGUGUCAUACAAAUGUGAAAUACAAUUGUACGUAUGUUUAACAAACAAAUGUAAUAUUGAUCUUGCAGCUGUGAGUUUGCAUUUGAUAAAUACUGCAUUUGUGGUUUAAAUGUACAUUAGCUUGAUGGAUGAGAUGCAUCUUCUUAACUUACUGUAUUUUGUGAUAGUGUGUGUCACUGCUUUUUUGUAAACAUCUGUGUUUUAUGUGAAGCUAGAUGGAUAUAGUUUUGGUAACAUGGGCUAUCCAUAUUCAAUAAAGAUUGAAUUAGGUUUUAACGCAA